GAGAACCCCUGCUGUGGCACCGACUCCAGCCGGUAUCGCCUCACUGUGCUGCGCUGCCUGCCUCGCCUGCAGAAGCUCGACAACCAAGUGGUAGCAGAGGAUGAAAUCGCACUUGCUCUCAUGGAGGGUGAAGAGGUCACCACCCCUCCAGGCAGCGUCCAAAACCAACUUUCCACCAACGGACUUCCAGACGCAGAGACGGAGAACGACCCGCUGAACUACAACAUGGAGGAGACAAA